AAUUGCAACAGGCAGUCAGGCGGACAGCUAUGAAUUGGGGUCCUUCAGAGGUCCUUUGAAUGCAUGUGGCGCGAUCUGGGAAACUGAGUGGAAAAGAGUUUGACAGCAGGAGCUCCGAGGAGAUUAUUGUCACCGUCUUUCUCUCCACUAAUCCAUACAAGAUGUUUUCUACACAGCAAAGCUCUUGGUUUAUCCGCAAGGUGAGUCUUCAAACUCUAGUUUUUCCUCAUUACAGGGAAAAACUAAUCCUGACUAUGAGUUAGCGGGCUAACUGAGUGUAGCCUGUGUUGAUGUUGGCCUGUUUGAGCAGUUUGAGCCGAUUAAAUGUUGUAGUUCUGAUUAGAUAAUCAUGUUUACAAUGUUUUAACCUGGGAAACUAAAAGUCAAAGAUUAAAAUAUUAAAAUUGAGUAGAUUUGACCUAAAACUGGAUGUGAUCACUUAGAAACCUAAUCGGACGCCGCAUAUAAAUACUGUGAAAAACCAUCACCGUAUUAUAAACAACCAAAAAAUAUGAUCGAUCAGGACAACUACUCACAAUAUACUUGAUAUUAUUUUUAAAAAUAUUUUUGUAUAGGAGAUUUUGUGCCGAGGUGUCCCACAAGACAAAUAUUUUAUGUUUUUAAACGAUAAAAGAAAUUUAGAAAAAAUAUAAGGACUUUGGUCUAGACCGGCACCUUCUUUAAAGCGUCUUGAGAUAUCAUUUGUUGUGAAUUAAUACUGUAUAAAUGUUGAUUGAUUAAUAACUUCACUUAGUAGUUACCAGUUUGUAUAUGCUAUUUAUAAGAAAUAGACACAAUAAGCUUUAGCUACGGCCUACACUUUUUGGGUUAUUAACAUAAUUUCAUUAUGUUUUUUUUUUUUCCACGCAAUCCCUUUUUAAAGUUCUUUUUUUUUGUUGGAAAUUGUAUUUAAUUUGAUUGUAUUUCAAAGGGCAGACAUUGUAAAGCAGACUGGGUUGAAAGUGGAUUAAUUGUCGAGCUUGAUGGCUUCAGAAAAAAAAAAAACUGCUCCAAAAUGUAAAGUAGUAAAAACAGCCCUGUCAGACCACCAUCCUUAUCAUCUUUACAGGUUCUAGAUCGGUUAUUCAAGCUCACAUCUAUGAAACAAGUAGAGUAAAAAAAUGUGUGCAUCUAGCUCUAGCCAACACUGUUCACUCUAUAUAAUAGCUUAUCUAAGAUCUAAAUCCAAAUUCAACUUUAUUUUUACUGCACUUUUAAGACAUAAAAAUUUAGUUCAAAGUACCUCUCAGAGGCUAAAAACAACAAUAAAACACAACCCUCCCACCCACCAAUGGACCCACAGACACACACCCACUCUCACUCACCCACACAUACGCACACACAGAGUGAGAAUUUAAGAUAUAUUGUUAAAGAAAGACUAAAACAAGAAUACGAAAUAAAAUGAACAAAUAAGUAAGAGCUCUUUACCGUAUAAAAGGGGUAAACGAAGUAAAAACCUCUAAGGUGGGAGAAAAAAACUAAGAACAGAAAUAAUUAAUAAGAUUACAUAAAAGAAACAUUAAGAACUUCAAUUAAAAUGAACAUUGGCAACAAGAGAAAUAUGAAAAGGCAAUCAGUGAAAAGCCGGGUUAAAAAGGUGAGUCUUGAGCCUCUUCCUAAAAACAUCAACAGUCUCUGAAGUGAAUAUGGGCAUUUUUUAAACACUGUUUGUCAGCAUGUGAAGAUGUUUUUUCACGAUAUAAGGAUACUCAAAUAAAAAUGACAAAAGCUUGCUGAAAAUAGUUUCAGCUUGAAAAGAUGCCACUUUGACAUAUUGACCAUCAGGUAGAGUUUCAAGUCAAGUUUGAAUAUCCUGAGAUUACCAGCAUUUGCUCCCCUAGGGUAAGUCUAAUUGUGUACCUGUUGUAUCUUUUAUCAAUAAUUAAUCUCUUUCAGGUUAUUUGCUGGAGAGCUGCGGCCAGUAUUGCUUGGGCUGUUCUCUUGUUGCCUCCCACUACAGCUGUGUUUGUAAUCCUCAGCAGGUUCAGUCUCUUUCACCCUAUCCAUACAAUAUCAGGUCAGUAUCUGUGCUUCAUGGGAGAUUUGAUUCAUCACUUUCUUAAGUUGUGUGAAACUCACCAUGGACUCAUUUCUUCACACAGAAUGCUUUUUCCUCUUAACAAGUGCAAGUGCCAUCUUCUCCUUGAUUUUGCUGUUUGGAGUGAUCCUCAUGGUGGGGUUCCUGAACCUGGAGUAUUAUUCAGGUGAUUUGGAGGGUGCUAAAAAAAUUGACUGAAUAUUUCCUAGAUGUUUACUUUGGAGAACUGUCAGGAAGUAUGCACGUCUACAUCCUUGUAACUGUGAUUUUCUUCUUUCCCUCAGUUAUCCCGACUAUACCUUGCUCAAAGAUCGCCCUGCUGGGUCAUCUGCUCCACCCUCGUCAGCUUUUAAGCUCUCUGGCGCACUGCAUCAUGGGGGUAAUUGUUGGUUGGUGCUGUGCCAUCACCAUCGGGGGGAGAUAUGAGACGCUUGGCUUCUCUUGCACGCAGACUGAUGGGUAAGAAGCUGUUAGAUAAGACUUAUUAUUUUGAGUUUUACAUGCUUCUUUAUGUCUAACUGUGUUGUUUCAAUGCUGCCAGCUCUGCUCAGAUGUGUCUGAACGAGUAUCAAGUUAUCCUGCUGCUGGCCGGAGCCUUUUUUGGAUUCUCUCACAGUCUGCUGGGUGUGAUCCACAACAUGAACUAUGUGGCUUUCCACACUGUUCAGGUACCUAACCCUAACCCUAACCCCCUUGCACGGAGAUGUUAAAUUUAGAUGCAAACACGGGUGCUUUUGGAGAAAAUUUGAAUAUUUGAAUAAGGUAAAUUAGUUUUAUGGUUGCAAUUAUUGCCAAAACAAAUGGGCUUUGCGCAGCCCUGCAAAAAUUCUUAUUUAGUGUGCAUUUCUACCAACAGUAGUAUUUGGGUCAAACUGUCUUAAAAACAGCCAAAAUAUGUGGAGAAAUUAGCCCCACCUGGAUUGAACCGGCCCUUUAAGAAGGGUUAGAUCAUUCUGGAGCAUGUUAGUUCAUGUAGUGGAUGAGUUACGUACUCAAGUCCUGGUUAAAAAGGAAGCAAUAAAAUAAAAACACAACACCAUAAAGUCAUAAACUUCAAGUGAGCAGUGUAAGAAAGGAGGAACUUUAAUAUGCUUAAAUAUGGAGUAGAAUUUAUACCUCUUUUAGCUCACAUGUCUUAUCCGCACACACCGUUCAAACAACAUAAAACAAAAUGUUUAUAUUUGUUGUUGAUUUGAACUUAUUGUCUUUAUUCCUCAGCAAUAUAAGUACCUCCGCUUCAAGGGAUCCUUGCCUCUGGUGGUGAAAUGCAGCGCCACUCAAGCACUUUACUCUGUCAGGAAUUUCAUUGUUGUUUAUUUCUUCGUGGGUAAGUGAUCUGCGUGACACAACUCAGAAUAAAUUACCCAAGGAGUUUGCAGCGCCAAGAUAACUUUUUUAUGGACACACUUUUAUUUAUCGGUCUGUUGUUUUUAUUCCAAGUGUUUUUGUUUCUGAGUUAUUUAAAGUGACAGAUGACUGUGAAUUUAUCCGAUCAACAGGAUACAUUCCAAGAGCGUGGAUGUGUAAAACAUUAAACCUUGAGCUGAACAGGUCAGUACUGAGUCUGUUUAUAUCUUAUUAAACAAAAAAAAAACUUUUCUAGAGUAAUAUAAGGCACCACAUCUGCAUUAAUGUGUCCAAUCUUCACUUCCAGCUCUGUCCACCAGCUCGACAGUGUAGCAGGACUGCUGGACCUCUCCCUGCUCUACCACCUGUGGAUCAGCGCCACCUUCCUUCUCUUCACAUGGCACAUCACACUGCUGCUCUUCAGGAUCUUUGUCACUGAGGUGUGUCACUUUUAAUCCAAGUCCUCACUGCCAUGUCUAAAUACAACUGGCCUUAACCCCAAAGGCCUUUCUAUCUGAAUUGAGUUCUUCUACAGGCUAAAGGUUAAAGCUAAGCAUCUAUGAAGUCGCAUGGACUCGGCACUAUUCUAAUACAAAAACGCAGUUGCCAAUUCCUGUCUUUUAAUUGGCUUUGAAGUGGAGUGUUGGAUUGCAAACCCUGCCUCUGAUUGCAUUUUAAUUAUUUACAAUCACUAGGGGGCGAUGUUGUCCUUUCUUUAAAUAUUCAAGUGCCUGAACAGCGCCUGACUGAAAUGCACAAUAAUGAUGAAAAACCAUGAAUCAGCACUUGACUUUGUUAUUCCUCUCCAUCCAGGUGUACAGUUUUCCAGUGCAGUCGACCUUUACUGAGGAUGCUCACCAGUGUCUUCCAAAAGUUCUUACUGACAAGCAGCCAAUGAUCGUGAAGGUAGAGACAAAAAAAGCACAUGUAAUUACUUUGAAAUUCAUUAUUUUAUUUGGUUCCGUACGGAGUCUGGGUGUUUUAUUGUUCUUUUUUCCAAAUCGUAGUUUUUAGCUCUGCAGGACUUGGCUUUGUUGUCUCAGCAUUCCCCAUCACGACGCUCUGAGGUCUUCAGUCUCAGUCAGCCAGGUCUGUUUUUCGCUCCACAGACAAGGAGAUUUUUUUGCUUGAUCUCAUUUAGAUUUCAUGGACAUUAAAGUUAAAAUUUUCAGACUUGUACGUGUCUGUUUUCCAGGUGGCCAUCCUCAUAACUGGAACGCCAUCAGUAAGGAGUGUCUGUCUUUGCUGACUGAUCUGACCCAGAGACUUGUAGUCUAUCACGACACCGUAGCAACCAACGGCCGGGCCAAAUCGCUGUCUACUGGAAGUGAAAGGAAGACCUCGUCUGAGUCAUCAGGUUUGUCGCUCAAAACAUAAAAAGCUUAAUUGUCGUCGUUGUUUUCUUCCGCUUCAUCCGGGUCUGGGUCGCGGGGGCAGCAGCUUCAAAAGGGAAGCCCAGACGGCCCUCACCCCAGCCACUUCCACCAGCUCCUCCGAGGGGAUUCUCAGGUGCUCCCAGGCCAGGCGAGAGAGAUAUAAUCCCUCCACCUGCUCCUGGGCUGGCCAUGAGGUCUCCUCUUGGUGGGACAUGUCUGGAACACCUCUGGGAGGCGUCCAGAAGGCAUCCUAACCAGAUGCCCGAGCCACCUCAGCUGACUCCUCUCGACGUGGAGGAGCAGCAGUUCUACUCUGAGCGCCUCCCAAGUGUCCGAGCUCCUUACCCUAUCUCUAAGGCUGAGCCCGGCCACCCUGCGAAGAAAACCCAUUUCGGCUUUUUGUAUCUGCGAUCUUGUCCUUUCGGUCAUUACCCAAAGUUCAUGACCAUAGCUGAGGGUCGGCACGUAGAUCGACCGGUAAAUCGAGAGUCUCGCCUUACGGCUCAGCUCUUUCUUCACCACGACUGAUCGGUUAAGCUGAAUUGUUUAAAACUUUAAAACUUUGUCACUCUAAAAUUCUCCUUUUUUUUCUCCCCACAAAAGUAACCUCAGGGACAGAGGAUCUGAUGAGCCCGAAGCCCACUUUACUGAUGAAAACUCCAGCCUCCGUGUUCGCCCGCUCUGUCGCUGGUCACCCUCAGAGUCCUCUGACGGCACCCUUCACUCCUGACCUGGACAGCCCUUUCGCUUCUCCGGCUCUGCGGCGUCUCACCGCUCCUGUGGACCAGUGCUCGCCGUGGUUCGGCUCAGUGCAGAGCCCGCACGUCAUGAGGAGGGGGCCAAAACUCUGGUCCACCUCCACAGGUAAGAGAAGUUUCAAGGAAGGUGUUAAUGUGUUUGACCAAAACAAUUAACUUAUUCAAAUGUUACUAAUAAACCGAGCUGUCUCACUGGUCCCGUACAGAUUCACAGGUCAAUGGAAGUCCUCCUCCAUCCCCCGCCUCAGUAACUAGUCUCAAGCAGGAACCAUCCAAACCGAGUCUCCUGGCUAAGUUCCUCCAGAACAGAAAAGAACAGGUACUUCAGUCUGACAAGGCAGAACCACAUCCUCAGCUUUGAUCAAGAGUUUCUCAUACUUAGUUAUUAACAGUGUGCUGACCCUUGUAGUCCUAUAGAGGGGUUUGAAUGGCUCUGAUUACUUUAGAUAAACUUUGAAAGGAAGUGUGCUUCAAGGAUUUAACAGUUUCAUUACAUGUUCAGAAAAUGUAUCCUCUCUGCGCAGAGGCUGCUGACCUCUGUCUUAUUGAAUAGAGCUCUUAUCCUUCCUUCAAGUAUGAAAAGCCUUUACACUUUCUUCAUGUGUGUUUUGAUAACGCUGUGAAAUUUUGAAAGCUAAAACAACUUAACUGCUCCAUUCAGGUCAAAAAUUUCUUGGCAAAGCGGGUGCUGAUAAUGUAUUUGUUUAACAAGGUAAGGACACGUGUAGCAUGUGCAUGCUCUCCUCGGUAGACUCCUGGGCACUUUGAGGGGCGGCCUGCAUGCUGACAUAGAUUGAUUUUAGAAAAUAGCCCUUUUCAUAUUGCCAGUUUGAGGCAUCUCGCAUUGAAUUUGAAUGUCACAAAGAUGUAAUGAUGGGAUCAAGUCUUCCUGGAGCUGUGCUGGCCUUGAAGGUUAUAACAGAGGUGUCACAGAGGUCUGAGAUUAAAAACACAAGAGCUGGUUGAUGAUGGAUUUUUGCUGCGAUGCUGUUGCAAACCUGCAAUAUCCAAAGGGCUAUUCAUUUAGAUUCCCUGAAUCUAACAACCCCCCCCUCCUGCAGGCUUCACUAAUGUACCUCCUGGUUUUGGGCUUCAGCGUGUAGACAUUACUAAUGUAGAGCCUUUCCAUCCGUCUAGCUGUUACAGAGAGCCUUACUAAUUGAUUACACCGAGCCUUGAAUGAAGGGGUUGUGUAACACACGUUUGGGUGUAUUUGGAAGCACCGUGUGUGCUGAUCACAUCGAGAAAUCAGCUGAUACUAAAAAGCUGAUCACAAUCACUGUCAAACUCACACUGCACUUCCUCUGUGCAGGAAACAGUACUCUGCUUAGCUUUCUGAGGUGCACCCUCCAAUGAUCGCUCAUGCAUGCUUAAGUUUAGUUCAGUCUCUUUAAAAUCUUUCCGCCAAUUAACUCCCAGAUCCAUAAUCUUGUCAAACUGUGAAUCUAUGCUGAUGAGAAAGCCUCUUUGCAAAUGAAAAUGCUCUCUUUAAAGCUUCCUGAAGCCUCCAGUCAGGCUCUGUUUGCAGACAGUCAGUCUCACAUCUGGGCUUUAGAAGGUAAGGAAAGAUUAUGAGCCUCAUAUUCAUUUGACACGGAUGCAACUUGUUUAAUGCAGCCUCUCCUUUAAUCUUUAAUACCUUUCCUCCAGGGAUGUCAUACCUUGUUCAAGCAUCUUACUCAGAGGACCAGUUUGGAGUUGUGCAGACUACACUACCCAGCAUUCUUGGCUGCAUGCUGGUUUUACAGGAGGUAAGCUGUCGUGGUUUAUUGUAGCUCAUCUGAGAGCACGUAUCGGCACAGCAACCAUUGUUUGAUGAAGUGAUAAGAGUGCACGUCUCUGCUUUAUUACACUGAGAGUGAGGCACAAAGUUCAGGAGCCUUUUAUCAAUCUUUAUAAAAAAACAAAAACAUGUUUCCUGCAUCUACAGUCUGUUAAAAUCAAUAUGUACUCAACUCAGUGUUAUAUCUUUAUAGUGCCUUCCAUACAGUGCCCAUAUAGUGCCUUUAAUUGAAAUUAUUGUUAAGAAAAUUUAUCAAAUGUUGAAACUGAACAAUGUUUUUGUUCCAAAUUACAUGCUCUCUCUAAACACCUCUCCUAAAAGUGCGAAAAAUGUUGAAAAAUCCCUGAAAAUAACAUCUUUAGGAAUAUUAACCAACCUAAUAGACUCAUUUUUAACAAUUUAUUGACAUGAUUGGAUACAAAAGGGAAACCCCAGAGAGUCUGGGUUCAACACUUUGUGAGAGACUGUGUGAACAAGAACAAUUUGGGUAUUUCAUCAUCUAUAGGACAUAAUAUGAAAAUAAAUUUGAGAAGGAAAGGAGUCAAGUCUUAAAAGUGAUGUUUGAUGGGGAUUUUUGGACUCUCAGGCUGCAGGAGAUAAAAAACAGACUUGACUCUGAAGUGGAAGUCACUGAAUUGAAGGGACCCUGAACUGUUCAGUAGCUAUAAUCCUCUAUCUGGCAAAAACUGGGACACUUUAAAAAUUUCAGAAACGGAUUUCUUUGGUUUCCAAAUGUUUGCAAAGAUUGUAAAUUGUUAUUUUUGAUCAUUUGGUUUGUUGGCUUUGCGCUACUUCCAGUUAAAUAUUGACUUUUUAUGAUUUAAAAAUUUAGUUUUUUAUCAACAUUGAACACAGUGCUUGGCUGUACUUGAAAAAUCCUUGAAAAAAAACAUCUUUAGACAUUUUUACCAAUCUAAUUUUUAACAGUUUAUUGACAUGAUUGGAUACACAAAGGGAACUCCAGAGAGUCUGGGUUCAAUACUUUGUGAGAGACUGUGUGAACAAGUACAAUGUGGGUAUUUCAUCAUCUAUAGGACAUAAUAUGAAAAUAAAUUUGAGAAAGAAAGGAGUCAAGUCUGAAAUCUGAUCAUUUGGUUUGUUGUCUUUGCACUACUUCCAGUUAAAUAUUGACUUUAUAUGAUUUAAAUUUUUGUUUUUAGAAAUAAAGCUUGACUGGAGAUCUUUGUAAACAGUGCAGCAUGUGGGAGCUGUAGGUGUAAAAUGAAAGCUGCAUUGAGUCCAGCUCUGUCUAACAGCAGUUAUGUCUCAACCCUCACGUCUCCAGGCUGUGGAUCGACACUUCAAGUUGCCUCAUGCCUCCAGUAAGCCGGUCAGGUCAGGCGGCAGCAUGGGAGACUCCACUUACAAAACCCUGCGCUUCGCUCUGCGGGCGACACUCAAGACUGCCAUCUACAGGAUAACAACCACAUUCGGAGCCCACUUAAAGUAAGGCCUCUGACAACAACUGAGUGAAUUUAAACGACACAAAAAGAUCUGACGGCUGUUUGACACGCAUUUCUCUUCAAUCCUCAGCGCUGUCCAGAUGUCUGCAGAGCACCGGAAAAGAUUGCAGCAGUUUCUUGAAUACAAGGAAUAACACACCUGACACUUGAGAUUCUUAUCAGUGUGAUUCUGUGUGUGCUUGUGUGCAAGUAAGUGAAAGCUCAUGAUAGUGCCUCUUUUAAUAUUUAUAUCGGCACUGUGUCACGGCAGAUUGUAUUUGACAGGCUAGCUGACAUCUGCUCGCUGGAGGACGGGGCAGGAAGCCCAACAGAUUAACUGAAACAGGUCGGAAGACUGUUGCCGCCUGUGUUUGGGUGCUUUAAAGCAGCCUGCUGUGGAAAAAAGCAGCUCAUUUGGAAAUAAGUUUCUUUAUUACAAGAAAAAACUAUCAUAUUUGGGAUGAGCUGUGAAAGGGCUAUUUGUAGUUUCAUACUGUAUUUAAUCCGCAGUCGCUUUGAAUGACGUCUUUGACGGUUUCAAAGCAGGUGCGAUGACUGGAUGAGAAAGAGAGAGUGAGAGUGAGAGAGAAGCUGAUUUUUACAGGUGUUACUGUGUUCUGACAAAUCUUUUUACAGAUCUGGUUUUGUUCUAGACACCAGCUGGGAAAACAAAUAUACCAAAGUCAGAACUCUUUCAUAGACGCCUCUGUUUGUUCAUUUUAAGUGUUUGUUUUGGUCUCUUCUUUUCGUGCCACUUAGGGCUGUUUGUUUAAGAAUGGAUAUAUAAUGUGACUGAUCACCAGUUUGGGUAGUAAUAUUUUUUCACUGCAGACAUGCAGCAUGUAGAGUUGACACUCCUUCUCAAGAACUGUUGAAUAAAAAACACGAUGUAAUGAACAUAUGUGAGGUUUUUAUUGCCUUAAGCUAAAACAAGUAGAAAGUGACUCGAGGGCACAACUCGGUUCAUCGUUGGAGCUCAGCUUUGCGUUUUGAUUUCAG